AUUCUACUCGUGUUUCUGAUUCCAAGGGUGGUGGGGAAGAUUUGACAAGAUGGAAUACAUUAUUCCCCUAAUUCCAGAAUCCAUUCGCCGGAUACCAACACAUAUGGACUUUGAAGGACAGAGAAAAGCAGAGAAAACAUUCCAAGUCAUCAUCGUUUUGUUUGCUGUUGUGGGGUUCAUCUGGGGAUACGUCUGCCAACAAUUUUCACAGACCAUGUACAUGAUGUUAGCUGGGUUUGCCUUGUCAUGUGUGCUGACUUUACCUCCGUGGCCAAUGUACAGGACCAAACCUUUGCCCUGGUUAAAAGUACAACGUGAACCAGAAUCAGAGCCACAAACUGCGCCCAGCAUACAACAGAAAACUAAGAGGAGAAAAUGAAACUUUUGUGGAAUAGAUGUCAUAUAGAUUGGGCACUUUUGCCAUCAUCAUUUCUUUGUGAUUAUUAUUAUAAAACAUGUACAUGUAACCUUAAUAAAAUGCAAGUGACUGGGAUCAUAAAUCA